AUGUCACAGAGCCAGGCCUCUCAGUUCUCCGAUCACUAUCCCUCAUCAAUUUUCGAGGAAAAUCCAUUGGAUAACCUCUCCUUCCUUCCAUCUGAUGGGCCAUUUAACCCUUUAUAUGGCAAGAACACGCCGAAUUCCACACCUAAUGUUAGUUUCACACGGCCAGCGCUUCUGCCCGCCAUCCCUGAGACACUUGAACGCGUUGGUCCUCCAAAGAAGAAGAUCUAUAUCCUCUGGACAGAGAUGGUGAAUGAUGACUUCGUCGCAUGGUGGUUGAAGACUGAGUAUGGAAGUGAGAUGAAACGAAAUAUCUUCGAGGGUAAGCACCACGCGGAGUCUUGGGACCAUUUCCACCAGGUAGCUGCUAUCCAGGAUGGGUCUCCUAAGGUUAUGU